GAACGAUCGAUCGUGUUACUCGAAGUAUUGGUUUAUGGCGGGAUUUUCAAGAUCAGAGUGCGAUGGAGUAAGGGUUGUUUCUUUUUCUUGGUGAAAUUGCAAGUCGAGGUGAAAAAUGAGUUGGGCUAAAGAGGAGUGGAAGCAAGAGCUUUCGGCGAACGCUUUAAACAAAGUCUACGAUCUCGAGCAACGAUGCGAGACGCUACAGAAGGAAGGGAAACAAAGACAAUUCCAACUGGACAGUUUGCAAGCCGCGAUCGCCAAGCAAAAGAAAUUAACAGAGGAAGAGAAAGCAAAUAAUUCAACUCUUAAGAAGGAAAACCAUUCUUUGAGUGAAUCCAUACAAGAACUAGAGCGAAAUCGCGACAAGAUUCUGCAUGAUUUAAACGCAAAGGAAGGACAGAUACGUUGCCUCGAUGGUAAACUUGCUCGAUGUCAGCAGCUUUUAGAUAAUGAAACUGCCAAAGGAACGCAGCUAAGAAAUGACAUGGACCAUUUACAGUACGAACAUAAUCAGGUUAUUGGUAAAUUGGAGAAGCAGAGUGCUGAUUUCACAAAGUCGAAGGAAGCCAAUAACUCACUUCAAAGACAGCUUGCAGGUAGGUCGAUCGAACAAUUGAUCAGUCGACAUGUCUUGUAUAUUGUCUCAUGGCUCAGAUUUCUUCAUAAAUGUAGAACCUUUUCUUGGCUAUCUUCAUGGCAUUUGAUAGCUUAGCGUAAUGUCUUUUUAAGUUAUUAAACAUCUAUAUCUUGGCAGGAGCUACAGUUCUUUCUCUCUCAGAUUAUUGAUUAUGGCCAAAGAUUCCCGCCAUAUAAUUUUCAUUUGUAUCUUACAUGGCGUAGCUUCUGUCAAGUUGGUUGUUGUAAUAAUCGUUGUCCACAGAUUUUUAAGUGAAAAACAUGCAGUUCAUUAUCGAGAGGAAAAGCAUUUAACAUCAACCUGAUUCAGUUUUGUAGUCUUUUGAUUGCCUGUUGAAAGGGGAAAUCUAUUAAUGUGACCCAACUGGUCUUUAGAAUGACCUUUAUAAGUUGAAGUUAUAUGUCAAUUUAUCAUAACUUCAUACCAACUUCAACGACAUCACUUUUGCCAGGAAUUCCUUCGUAUUUACAGUGGGCAAAAAUAUUGUUACAACACGAUCGUCAAAUGGACUACUUCAGAGAAAAAGAAGCAUUUGCACCCCUCCCCUCUCCCCUCUGUUCAAAGUUGGGGGGUCUUGUAAAGUUUCUUACUGGCAGAUCAUACACUGGCUCAACAUUGUAUCGAGGGGAUAGGGGAGGGAAAGCUUCAUUUUCCCAUUUAUAAGCCAACAAAAUGUCACGAAGGCCCUUUAUAAUUUAUGUCACCUAUUGCAGCUUAUUGUGGUUCAUUUGUUUGUUUUAUUAUUCAUACAAUCAAACCCCAUUAAUAGGGACACUGAGGGGGCCAGAGAACGUGUACGAUUUACAGGGUUUCCGUAUUAAGCACAUCGUGUUGUAUAAAUCAAAAAUACAUCUUUUAUUUGAACAAAAUUUUAUAACAACAAACAGAACAUUAGCAUCAUCCAAUUAAACAUAAUCAAACCGUCACAAAAACUGUCAUUUCAUUUCCGCAGGGACAAGAAAAACUGUCUGUUAUGACAAGUGUCUGUAUUAAGCGGGUGUUCAUAAAGUGGGGUUCGACCGUACAACAACUAUGGUUGGCCACCUUUCAUUUUCCAUUUGCUUAGGGGUACAUUCUUCUGGUGUGAAACUAAUGCAUUGACCUAAAUAAUAGUAUUAUAAUGUAAAAGAAAGGAACUUCACUUUCGGAACUUCAUUGUGAAGAUGGUUGACUAGUUGGGAGUUUUUAGUGUUUUUCAAUUGCUGGUACAUGUAUAAACCUUUUGGAAGAAUCUGCAUUUCCUUCUUACACAAGAAAGUGAUUAACAAUUGCUGUUUUCUUCAUCCACAAAGGACACAAAGAACGUGUAAGGAUGCUAGAAAAUCACCUAAAAUCCCUUGGAGAAGAACCCAACUCAAGAGCCAAGAAAAGCUCGUCAGGAUCCGACUCUGAAAUGGAUUGGCAGUCUGGUGUAGAGGUGAAACUGAAGGAGGCUGAAGCGCAUCUGCAGCAAGAAAAAGAAAAGAGACUAAAGGUCGAGAGUGAACUUAAUGAGUUCAAGGCAGUUGCUGCUAAAGCAAAUAAAAAUGAGGUGGAGUAAUAAACUUUGCUUUAAUUUUUGACACAGAUUUUCAAUGAGGGAUUGGUACAGAGUAGAAUAGAGUACUAAAGUGUGACGUCAUAAAAAUUUAGAAGGGUUUGUAUGGAGUUUUCUAAGCAUAACUGGGCUACGAUCUCAGAGACAAUUUGCCCCGAAAUGCUCAUUUUUGGCAAGUAGGGUUCUUGGACAUUGUUCUUUCAGAAUAUUCUGACAAAUCCCAUAAUUUCAGAAAUUUCAUUUUUAUGACGUCAUCACUUUAGUACUCUAUAGAGCUAGGGAAAAAGGCAGGGAAAAUACUGCAACAGAUGUUUUUCUUUUGCAUGCUUUGUUUGUCCACUUUGUGUUCUUCUUUAAUGUCUAAAUGCCUGAACAGGCUAAAUUUUUCCAUGAGGUGUCUUAACCUCAAGAAGUUAUACCCUGAAGUCUCUACUACAGAGAUGUGGGUCAUAGUAUUUUUAGUUUCAUAUUACUAGUUUUAAUGCUAUCUUACUCCUAAAGAGUUUGAAGAGUUAGUAUUAUCUCAGGGUUAUGAUUUAAGAAGGGUCUAGUGUCUUAAAACUUUGAAAUCCUGGGUACCCAGCAAGUAAAUUCUUCACUGAAGAAGGGUGCAAAGAAAGUCAGUUUUACAGAUUGCCAUUUGGAUAAACUGUAGCUAGCAUGUACUAGCCCAACAGUCAUUUUAACUACCCCCAAAAAAUUUUUUUGAUAAGCAGGAUUGACCACAGUUCUUCUGUAAUUUGAAUUCUGCAAAAAUCUUAACUUGCUCGUCAGGCAAGAAAAAAAAAAAACAGAAUUCACUAGCCCAAUAGCAAAAUCCACUAGCCCCAGGCUAUGGGACAGGCCCUUCUUUGUACGCUGUAAAUGCUUAAAUAAUAAAAUAAGCUUUCCAGUCACAAGCUACAUGUAGUAGCCUGGGGCCAGUGUCAUAAAUCUAAUGAGUUUUAGUGCAACACAGCAUCACAACAUUGUUGCAACAUUGCAAUACUUUGUUGCACUAAACAUUGUCCUUGCAAAUCAUCUUGUGUAACAUCACCCUAAACCCCAAGAUCAACACACAAAUUCUCCAGACUGGCCUCCAUACUUUUCUGGAAAAAUUGUUUGAGAGAAUUUGGUAAAAGAUCAAAGCAUAAUUAUUUUCUCUGGUGAUCAUUUUAUUAAUCCCUAUAACCUUUCUUCUUGAUGAUAUACUGAUUUUUAGCAGAAAGUUGAUGUUACGAAAAAGGUUUUUCACCUGCUCUGGGGAGGACAUUUAGUACAGAAAAUUCCAAAACUCAGAGCAAAAAUUAAGGAAAAGUAAUGAAUAUUUCUAUAUUUUUCUGUUACACAAGCUGUCACUUUACAACGCUGAUGAAGUCUGAGGGAUUUGGAUGAAAUAUUCAUUUGUUUUUCUUAAUUUUUUCUCUGAGUUUUGGAAUUUUCUGUACUAAAAAUUAAUGUUGGCUACUCUUGGUUUUAAAAUUUUUAACCACUAACUGUAUGUUCUUUGUAAAAACACAUUGUUAGGAUCCUGUCACCUCUGUAUCGGAAACAAAAGUACCUCAUGUGGAUCAUCAAAAUGAGCUUCAGUCAGAACAUGAUCAGUUGCAAGCUAAAAUCAAGGAGCUGUUCUGUGCUACUGAAAAAUUAGCCCAGAAAGAUGCUGAACUGCAACAGAAGGUCAAAGAGCUGAAUAACAUGUCAGAAAUCUUGCAGAAAAAGGACAAGGAGCUGUCAGAAUUAAAAGUUAGUGCUGCGGAGAUCUCAAAGAUUAAAGCGGAACUGGAUCAAGCAAAUGCUACUGUUGCCUCCUUGGGUAAGUGCUGAUUGUAAUUUACUAGUCAGUGGAUCCCAUUCCUGUGUCAUAGUCAAGCCUACCCCCAUAGAUCCCAUUAAUGAAUGGAUUAUUUGAAAAAUGACUCCAUUUGUUGUUGCCGCAACCUGUUUCAAAUUCAAAUGUGCUUUCCUGCCGGGGUAAGAAGCAGUGAAUUUUUUAAGAUAACCUUCCUGUAUUUGGUCAGGAUGAAAAAAUCUAAAUGGAUGAAUUACCAACAGAUUCAAAAUGAAUUAAUGAACAAUAAAUUCAUUAAUGGAAUCUCAGUGUGUAUGCUGGACCUGGAUUGUCUCUUAUUUAGGGUUAGAGCAAGGCUGUCACUAAGAAUUCAAGUUGUCACUUAGAUACUACAAGAUGGCAGGGAAUCGAACAUCUUGGGAUUUCUUUUGGUUUAUUUUUCUUCUGUUUUUCUAUGAAAGUAGCCAGAUAUCACGUUCCUUGUAGCUAGGAGAAAUUCCUAGCCCCCUCCAAGAGUUUGAUAGAUGCAAGCAAAUUCAUAGUAAAUGUUUGAGCAGUUUGACAUUCUGCAUAAUUGAAUUUGCCAUGCAUUUACUGGUAAUGCAUUUUUUUUUACAUUCACAGAGAAAAAGGCCAAACAAAGAGACCUGGAUAUGGAUUGCCAGCGUCACAAUUCAGAGGCUGUCAUCAAAGGAAUGGAAGAGAAAUUGAAGGAAAAGGAUAAAGAUCACAGGUGUGUUAAAAAGUUCAAUGAGUUUAUUGUUCUGUUGUGGACAGUAACCUCUACUUUAUAGCCUAGCCUCCAAGCAGACAUUCUUAGUGCUUCUUUCCUGAUCCGCCCCCCAACAUGGCGAGGAAUGCAUGAUGAAGCUUUAAGAUUGUUAUUCUGAGAAAACAGCGGACAUUUGGCGAUGCCACCACUGGUUUCCCCGCGAAAUGACUUCUGAGCAGCGACUGCAGAAAUUCCAUACUGGUGACAGAUCUGGGUUGUGUUUCUGAUUGGUUGAAUGAAGCAAGGUUGAAGCAUAUUUUGAGCCAAUCAGUAGCAAUACCCAGAUCUGUGUAGUGACGCAUUAUCAGUAUGGAGUUUCUAUGCUCUUUUCAUCUUUUUGCAGAAAAGCCAGUGGUGGCGUGGGGAAAUGUCGGCUGUUUUGUCAGGCUAUAAAAUUGUCUGCAAGAUUUUGCGUCCUUUGUAUAUUGUUAGGGUCGCAAGCUGAAUCACAAUGAAGAAAUAAAAAGAAAUCCUCUGUGUUUGCAAUGUAGAUCUUGUUGAUGAUCACACUGACAGGAUUUCUGUUGUAAUUUUCUUGUGCUAAAUGGCGUUAACCCUGUAAGAAGGGACCACACCCAUAGUAAUGACAGUCCCUCUGUCACCUACAAGAAUCUAUAUAAAACACUUGCAUGGAGUAGAUAUCCAAUGUAUAUUAGAACUGUCUCGGUAAUAUGUAGAUUCUUGUAUGGUGAUUUCACUGCAGACCUCCACAUAGCUCCAUUGCUUAAAACGUUCAACCAAGGUCGUGGAGGUGGUUUCCCAUUUGGGUUUUGGGACACAUGUUGUUUUGAGUUGGUGCUUGUCGUAUCCUUAACACUAUAGGCAAAGUUAUUAUCCUUGUUUCUUCUUGGUUGUUGGUAUAGUGAGGAGGCAGCGUGGCCAAGUGGCUAGAGCGCUGGACUUGCAAUUCGGAGGUCCCGCUCUGGGCCGGGUUGUUCGAAGGUGGGUUAAGAUAACCCAGGGUUAGUGCAAAAUUUAAACUCAGAUAUGAGAGCAUAAAAAAAAAAUUCAGUUUAAUUCUCUUUGCCUACAAUUUGAUGACUGGAUACUCUAAAAAAAAUAUAGAAAAUCAUCUGAGAGAGUACUUUUGUUGAAAAGAAAAAGAAGCCCUGGUUAAAAUUUAACCCUGGGUUAGCGCUAACCGGCGUUUGAACAAUUGGGCCCUGGCCGCUAGCUGGAUUUCCUCACGGUAGUCCCAAGUUCAAAUCCUCAGCCACGCUUGAAAAUAGCCAGGUGGGAUGCUUCCGGCCAGUUGGGAUUCUUAAUCCUGUUAAGUUCAAUUUGAAUUAUUUGUUUCAGGCAUUUGCUCGCCCCCACUAGCAUUAGUGCUAUAAAUACUGCCAAGGGUAAAUAACGGAAUUAUUUAUUUAUUUAUUUAUUUAUUAUAUUUACAUUGUGCCUAUUGAUCUGUUACAGGGAGGAUAUUAACUCACAGCUACAAACUAUCACUGCUAUGGAAAAGCAGUGCAACGAUCUGGAAAAGAAGUCAAACACUUUACAAAACAAACUUGAUAACAGCCAGAAGCUAAUUGAAUCGAAGGAACACGAUAUUGCAAGGUUGAAAACAAGUCUCGCUGAAGCUGAAAAAACAAGAAAACAGCAGAGUUCCCAGUUGGACAACAGGUUUACAGAACUAGAACAGAAAAUGAAAGAAGAACAGCAAAAAUGUGCAGAGGUAAAGAGGGAAUUUGAGGGAGCGAAAACAGCUCUAACAGAAAAGGAGAAUAAAAUUGCUGAAUUGAAUAAACGUAUAGAGCAGCUGAGUCACACUAUUCAAGAGAAAGAAAGAGAUUUGAGUUUAAAGGGAAAAGAAAUGCAAGAUUCCCAGAGUGAAGAUAAAAAGAGGCUGGCGUCAGCGCUGGAAAACGUUGCUUUGUUACAACGCGAGAAGGCUGAGUUGGAAGAUGAACACCGAAAGGAACUAGCGAGAGUAUCGGAAGAAGCUAGUGCGACUGUGAAGGAACUUCAGUUGGAAAAACAGGAAGUGUCCAAGCUGAAAGAAAGGACGUUACACUUGGAGAAUGUCAUAAAUGACAAGGAAAAGCAGAGUAAGUUGGCCGAGGAAUCUCAUCAGACUUUAUGUGAGAAGUUGGGGGCCGUAGAGCUAGAACUGACCAAAAAAGACGAGGCAUGGAAGAAAGAGAAGGCUGUAAUGGCCGACAAAGAAAGAUCUCUACAGAGUGCUCUUGAAGCCAUGAAGAACGAUUCCAAAGCAAUGCAGCACGACUAUAAGAAAGCUUGUGAGCUGGCGGAUAUGAAAUCUGCGGAGGCAACCGAUGUGAUUGAUAAGUUGGAAUCCUCGCAGAAGCACGUGUAUGAACUACAACAAAGAGUGACUCGAACUGAAGCAGUUCUUAAAGAGAAAGAAAAUGCUGUGAACAUGCUGAACCGAGAAAAAGAAGAAUUGUUAAAGGAGCAGCGCAUCAAAGAGGAAGAGGCAGAGAAAAAUAACGCUGAGCUUAACCAGUUGUGCGCAGAUCGCAAAACAGAAGUUGAGAAGUUAAAGGAAGUAGUUGAGUCUAUGAACGUGAAGCUUGAUACAUCUAAGGCAGAAUGCGCAGUGAAAGAAAAGGAGGCGGAAGAUUUAGCAGCAAAGUUGGAAACUAUUCAGUUACAAUGCGAGAAUUUGGAGAAUUCUGUGCAAUGCCUAGAGGAGAAGUUAACAAACAGCCAGGAAAUUGUACAGCAGAAAGAAGCGUGCGUUAAGGAAGUAUCCGUUGAGUUGGAAUCCAAGGAGAGGGCGUUGUACGAGGCCCAAGAAAAACUUACAGAGGCUUUGUCGACUCUUAACAAACUUGAGCAGACGUGCAGCUCUCUUGAAAUGCAACGAGAGGAAAAUCUGAAACUUUUCAAGAACAAAGAUGAUGAAAUCAGUUCGUUAGUGAAGGAUGUUGAUGAGAUUAGAGGUGUCACUGAUAAGAAACUUGCUGAAAUGAAUGAGCAGUGCAAUGCCACAAGGAAUGAGUUUGUGUUCUUACAAGAGAAAGCGGAAAACCUGGAGACGUUGCUUAGUAACAAAGAAUCAGAAUUGGCAGCUGUCAGUCAAGAGGUGACUAAGUUGAGUGAGGACGUUGCGUCACUACAGCAAAGUCUGGCCUCACAGGAGCAAAUUGCUAGCAACAGUAAGCAAGAAAAUGAAAAGUUGGCUAGCGAUCUCGAGCAAACAUCUGCGGUUCUGAAAACUCGAAAACUAGAGUUAGAAGAAACGUGCGAGAAACUGAAAAAUCUUGAAGCUGAGCUUCAGUCAGUUCAUGGAACUAAAGAUCUCGAACUGCAGGAAUUACGGAAUGAGGUCGCAAGCUUAAGAAAAAAAUUUGAACAAGCAAAUGCCGUGGCAGAAAGCAAAACAGAAGAGUUGAAAACAACAAAGGAGCUUUUAGAUGCCGCGGAAGGAGAGAAGUCUGAGUUAAGUUCUAUGCUUGAUGAACUUUGCAGUACAAAUUUCAAACUGGAAGACCAACUUACAGAGAAAGCAACGCAGCUGGAUCAAAUGUCAAAGUUGAUAAAAGCCAAAGAUGAAGAGCUGUCGAGUAAGUGUACAGUCAUAAAGAACCUUGAAACAUCUGCCGAUGAUGAGAUAAUCAAGAUGAAAGAACGGUGUUCCUUACUGGAAAACGAACUCGCAGCAUCGCAGGAGAAAAAUACAAAGUUAGAGGCUUGUUCUCAAAACAAAGACGGUGAGAUUAGUGAUGCUAAGGUCAAGAUUCAAGAACUGACUUCUGAGGUCAGGAAGCUUCAAGACGAUCUUGCUUCACAGGUUGAGCUGAUCGAAAGCGUUGAAAAAGAAAAAGAGGUUCUAGCAGAAAAUCUGCAAUAUAAAACAACAGCAUUAGAGAACAAAGACCAAGAGUUGAAAGAGGUGUCAGAUAGUUUGGUGGAGCUGAAAAACAGUGGGCAGUCGUCACUCGAGGAAGCACUUGCCGAAGUAGAAAAUUUGAAGAAACAAGUUGCCUCUUUGUCAGAGAAGUUGGACCAAGUCAGUGUAGCGAGUGAAAUGAAAGACCAGGAUGUUGAAAGCAUGACUGAAAUACUUCAAACCGCAGAAGAAGAGAAGGCAAUGCUCGGUAAACAGAUUGAAGAACUGCGUGAGAAGAAUUGCGUUUGCGAAGAACAGCUUGCAGAUCUUCAGAAUAGAUUAACACAAGCAUCAGAAGUCAUUAAGACGAAAGAUGAAGAGGUUUUAACCCAACGUGCAAACAUAGAGAAUCUUGAAAAAGCAAGUGGAGAGGGGAUGGAAAAGUUAAAGGAGCAUUGUAGUGUUUUAGAAAACCAGGUGUCUGUAUUGGAAGAGAAGUGUGCCCUUUUAGAUGCUUGUACUCAAAGCAAAGAGGGUGAGAUCAGCAGUGCCCAAGCAAAGAUUCAAGAACUAAAUGCGGAGAUAAGGAAACUUCAGGAUGAUCUUAGGUCUAAGAUGGGUCUGGUUGAAAAAACCGAGAAAGAGAAGAUGGUGUUGGCGGAAAAUCUUCAGUAUAAAACAACAGCCCUUGAAAAUAAAGAAAAGGAACUUGAAGACAUGGCAGAUUGUUUCAAGGAGCUGAAAACAAAUGGGCAGUCAUCAUUUGAAUUGAAACUAAAAGAAAUGGAACAUUUGAAAGAGGAAUUCACAUCUUUGACCGAAAAGUUUGAUCGAGUCAGUGUCGCCAGUGAAAUGAAAGGUCAAGAUAUCGAAAGAAUGACUGCGUUACUUAAAACAACACAGGAAGACAACACAAGGCUGAGUGCACAGGUUGGAGAACUUUGCGAGAAGAACGUGUUGUUGGAAAGUCAAAUUGCAGAUGUGAAGCAGAAGUUUGAAAAGCAAGAAACUGUUCUUGAAGAAAGGGGAAGGAAAGUCACAGAAUUGUGUAAAAGUUUGGAGGAGGAAAAGCAGAAAACACUUGAGUUGACAAAGAGUUACGAAAGUGAAAUAGAGCUGCUUAAAGGUGAAGUUUUGGUGGCGAAAGAACAACUGGAGAAACUCAGUGCUUUUGUCGAAGUCAAAGGUCAAGCUACAGAAUCAGCGCAGGAGCACUUAGAAGCUGUAUGCAAAGAGAAGGAUGGACUUCUAUCUAAGGUAGAUGAAAUGAGUGUGCAUUGUAAGGAUUUGGAACAAAAGAGAGAUGAAAUGGCUGUGAAGAUUGAACAGUUGUCAGACAUUUUGAAACGUAAAGAUGAAGAGCUGGCAGAGAAAUGUCAAGUUCUUGAUGAGAUUCGUCAGAAAGAGAACGGUGAGAGAGAGGCUGAACUGGAGGAAGAAAUCACUGUGAAAGAGAAGGAAAUUGCGUCACUACAAGAAAAAUGUAUACAUCUGGAAACUAUUGUUCAGAGUACACAAGAUGCUGUCAUUGCUGCGGAAGCUAAGCUAGGACAGUUCGAAGACGAACUUUGCGCAAUUCAAGACUUGCUUGCGAAAACCAAUGACCAGGUAAACAGGGGAAAAGAGGAAAAUGAUUCUUUGCUGGCGAGACUGGAACAGACUUCAGCAGCUCUUGAGAGCAAAGAAAAGGAAUUUAAAGAAUUAUCAGAGUCAUUUGAAACAGCUAGAAACACGCAGCGUGAGGAGUCGGAGAGGCAGUGCUUGCAAACAGAAAGCCUUAAUGAACAAGUGUCGUCGCUGAUGGAAAAGCUGGAAAAACUCGCGGCGGUUGUGGAGACAAAAGAUCAAGAGAUAACCGCACUGAUUCAAGAACUUAAGUCUACGGCAGAAGAAAAGGCAGGAUUUGAGGGUAAAGUGGAUGAACUUAACAGCUUAAAUAAAACUUUGCAGGAGAGGAACACUGAUUUAGCAAGCAAGUUAGAACAGCUCUCAGAGGUAUUGAGAAUCAACCAGGACGAGCUAGGCCAAAAGCGCUGCGCUAUUAAAGAGUUGGAGUCAGUUAAUGAUAGCGAGAUUACUGAACUAAAUGAACAAACUAUGGAGCUCAAGAAGCAAGUUUUGGAGUUGCGAGAAAAGUGUGGUCAUUUGGAAGCAUGCGUCGAAAGUAAGGAGUCAGAGUUGAAGGAUUUGCGUUCCAUCGUGGAGACAUCUGAGAGUACUACUGCAGUGGAAGUCUCCUCCUUGAAAGAAGAUUUAGCGAAAAGGGAAGUUGAACUGAAGAACAAAGCGUUCACAGAGGACGAGCUUAGGAGCAAGCUUGCAAACAAAGAUCAACAGCUCGAAGACGCGAAAAAAGCUCUCAACCAGCUGGAUGAAGAUUUGCAACAGCUGUCGGUACAGAAAGAAAUGUUACAAAUGGAUCUGGAAGAGAAGAAUUCGUCGAUCGAGGCGCUGAACAAGCAGGUUGAAGAGCAAGGAUUGGUGGCGUCGGAACUGAGAAAGAAAAUUGGGGAUGUAGAGGAAAGAAACAAUUCUUUGAGAAAAGAACUCGAAGAUCUGACUCGCCAACUAGAUGAGAGCUUGUCGAACGAGGAAAAGUCCGGAAGGAACAUUCUGUCACUGAAAGAAAAAGUGGAAAAGAUGGAGGCGGUUUUGUCAGAGCAAAAGCAAAAACUUAUCGUCAAAGAAGAACAUAUUGACUCCCUGAAAAAAGAGCUUGAAAAUGUCAAUAGUCGUCUCACUGAGAGUCUGUCGAAGGAGGAGAAGAAGGAAAGUUGUGUUGAUGAACUACAGCAAAACAUCCAGGUUUUGGAAGCUCAGUUGUUGAAGGAGACGGAUAAAAGUGGGUCCUUGUCAGCAGACCUUGUCAAUGUGCAAUCAAAAAUGAACAGUGUUAUUGCAGCACUUGGGGAGAAAGAAAGUGAAAUUGCAGAUCUGAGAGAGAGUAAGUUGGCAAACGAAGAUAAAGUGUCAAAACUAACGAAACAACUUGACGACAAAGAAAAGACGCUUAAUGUUGCAGACAGUGAGAAAAUGAAGCUAGAAGCCCAGUUGAAAAAUGCUGAGAUCAAAAUCGGGGAAAGCAUUAUGCAGGUCGAUAGAGAAAGAGAGUCUGUUGUGCUGGAAUGGAGCAAAAAGUUUCGAGAGAAAUCUGAAGAAUGUGUCUCGGCUACUGAACAGCUUCAGAAAAGCAAAGAAGAGGUCGUGCGGCUAAAAGAUAUGGUUGUACAUCUUGAGAAUGUCUCAUCUUCCAAAGACCAGGAAAAAUUGAAGAUGGAAAAGUCUUACGAAGCCUUCAGUGAGAAAAUGCAGGAGAGAGAAGAUGAGUUGUUGAAAGCCUGUAAGGAUCUCGAAGAAGAAAAAACAUCACUUCUUGAAAAGACCAGAGAUGGUCAAGCAACUAUGGAAGCUUUGAGACACGAAUGUAAAGUUCACCAGCAGGAAUGCAAAAAGGCGUGUGAACUUGCAGAUUUUAAGGCUCAAGAAUACAGAGACGUGGUUGACAAGUUAGACGAUUCACAGAAGCAUCUUCAAGACGCGCGCCAUCAGCUCUCUCGAGCUGAAAGUGAGCUGAGGGAUUUCAGAGAGGAGUUACAACAAGCGAGGUUAGAGAAAAGCGACUUGUUGGAAAAGAUAGAUGCGAAAUAUGAAGAACAUGAGGCUAAAGGCAAAGAAUUGCAACAGGAGAUUUCCUUGAGAGAAGCAAAGAUUUCAAAACUUACUAGCCAACUAGAAAGUAGCGACGCCGCGGCAAGGGCUGUCGAAGCGGAGAAGCGCGAGCUUGAAGAAAUAUUGACGCGCACCAAAGAAGAACUUAGUGUAGCCACAGAAAAGUUAAACACCUUUGCCAAUGAGAAAAGUGAAAGGGAAUUAAUGAUGAGAAGCGAUGAAGAAACUGAGAAGAUGAUCAGUCUUCUGAAAGAACAAGUUCAAUCUUUAGAAGUAAGUAGAGCUGAGCUUAAGUGUGAGUUAGAAAACGCGAAGGAUGAGGCAAAUCGACAGAAGAACACUGCAAAUUGCUUGCAAGAACAGCAAACAUCUGCUAUGACAGAAAAAGAUUUAGAGCUUAAGCAAAUGAUGGAUGCAAUGAAAGAUCAAGAGAAUCUCGCUAUGGAAAAGUUGGAGAAACUUCAAAAAGAGCUUGAUUCGCGGGAGAUAAAAGCAAAAGAGAUGGAGGAAAGAAUUGAGGAAACGCUGUUGGAGAAGCGUUCAUUAUCGUCAUCGCUUGAGCAGAAGACUGCUGAAUUGAUUCAGUUGAACAAUAAGAAUCUGGAGCUUGAGAAUGUGUGUGAAAAACUCAAGCAAGAAAAGGAGAACGUGGAGGAUAGAUUAGCUCUGCAGAGCAGUAAAUUAGAAGAAAUGUCAAGUGAAAAAGCAAGGCUUUGUGAAGAAAUUCAGAAUGUUAAAGAUGAGCUAGAGAUGACGAAGAGCCAUGCAGCUGAACAGAUGACAGAUAUUAAAGGCGUUCAAGUACAGGUGAGAAGUUGUUUUGUUUUUUUUUUGUGUCAUUGACAAUAGAUCGUCUCUCUUAAGUUUGCUGUUAAGUAGCAGGACGGCCACGAUAAGGAAAAACAAUAAUCAGGUAAAAAUCUUAAAUCUUUUCAGUCAGUAAUAUGAUAAGUCAGAGAACUACUUUUCAGGUUGCCCCUGGGUUUCGAACAAAAUUUAUAUAAAAAACGUUUCAUCCAAAAAAAGAAGAAAAAAAAUGUAGUCGAUCGAUUUUCUUCUCCAAAUCUCGUGAAAACAUUAAAAAGACAAAAAAUAUGAGGAAAAGAAUAUAAGCAAUCUGCAAAAAGCUGAAAAGGAGUAAACGUGAUGUCCGUGAAAAUUGUUUUGAGUUCAGGGAAAGUCAGGAAAUUUUUCUUGAUUAGCAACCUUGAGUGUUCCUUGAGUUAAAAAUUAAAAAACUGAAAGAUUAAAAAUUAAAAAAUUUAACCAGCAUGUUUUUUUACUUCGGCGGAGCACGAGGUAAAGGAUUCGCGACGCUCAGGAAAAUCCCAAAGUGUCUUUUUAGGGGACAUGAUUGGACACGCAAAGUCUGUAGUUUUUCACAUUGUCACCUUUCACAUUCUCUGAUUAAAUACUCAAUUUUGGUUCAAGCCAUUCUUCCAUCCACGUCAAAGCUUCUUGUGCAUAUGUUGUUGUUAGAAUUUUUUUAACAAGGUAAACCAGAAUUUUCUUUGUCUAUCAUAAAAAAUAAGGCAAGGUCUGGCUCGUCCCAGUCCUCUCUUUGGAUCGCAUGCCUGACCGAAGGGAGCGUAAGGGGUGAUGGGAAGGAGGAGAACGAAAGGGAGGGACUCUAUGUCUGUAUCCAUCCCACGACCCCUCGCUCUCCGCCGGGCUUCUCUCGUUACUAGAGACCUUUAGACUCCAGCACUAGAACGACUACGAGUGCGAGAUUUGACUUAAAGUUUGUUCGCGUACUUUCAAGUAACACCCCGGAACGUUUCAUGUACUUCUUUUUCACCAAAAAAAUAUUAACAUUUUUAUCUUUACUGAAGGAGGUUAAGCCAUGUCCCGGCCGCAAAAUGAUAAAACCCCCAACACUUUACAACUUCUUUUUGCUACCACGACAUUCUCGCUAAAACUCGUGGUAGAGUGAUGACGUCAAUCACGUUUUCCCGCCAAAAUUACACUUGCUCACGCGCGCGCAGUAUUUAGUAUUGAGAAAAUCUCGUAUUCGUAGUCCUACUCGUCUUAGAAUCUAAAGGUCUCUAAAAUUAAUAGGAGAAUGAGAGACGAUUGAGGACUAGUCAGGGGCAAGGUAACAAACUUGAAUGAAUACUGAUUAAAACUUAGAACGAAUUUUACCUAUAGCACAUCCACUGAAACAAAAUUGUAUGGUUUAUUCAUAGAAAGAUAAAGAGCUGGAAAAACUGCAAAACCUGCUCAGUGCAAGAUGUUCUCAAGUUGAAAAGCUUCAAAACAAUCUUAACGAUCAGACUGAGAAGUUGGAAACUCUCAAGUCCCAAUUGCGCUCACUCACGGAAGAACUUGACUCUGUUCAGGCAGAGCAUGAACGAUGCCAGCAGAACGCAAAUGGGACCAGUAAUCUGCAAGACCAAGUUCUAGAGUUGGAGCAUUUACUGUCACGUGAAAAGUCAAAUACCGAGGUCAUGAUGCGCGCGUUUCAAGAACAAGAGGAACAGUGGGAAAAAGAACGAGUUAAGUUGCUAUCAGUGGCGAAGAAUGACUGGGGGAGUGAACAGUCCUCAAUUUUUGCUGAGGAGAAUGCUCAGUUGAAGAGAAAACUGGAGGAGCUGCAAAAUGAAGUAAGCGCCAAGGAAAGGGAUUAUCUAGAAGCGUUGCGGCAAACUGAGAAACGGGUUUCUUCUGCGGCAAAUCUGAAAACAGACUUUCAAAGCAAAAUAAGAGAACUUGAAUCUCAGUGCGAGGAGUUGAAGUACAGCUUGAAGCAGAAAGAUGAAGAAAUCUUUGUAAAGGAGGAGAGUUUGAAGCAAAGCAAACAGGAAGUAGCUAACCUUGAGGCCAAGUACGCCGCGGCAGGGGACGUGGAACGUGAGUUGAGGCAUCAUCUUGGUGAAGUCACCCAGCAGCUGGAGUGGAGCAAGGAGGUGAAAUCUGGGCUGACAGAGGGCAACAACGAACAUUUGGAAGCCUCUCAAGAAACAUUGACACAAGCACUGAAUGAGGCAGAAAAAGAGGUAUAAGCUAAUGUAUUACUUAGAUCAUGAGAAUAAUUUAGAUAACUUAAAAAACAUGAAACUUCACAUGGUAGUGGUGGUGGUAUUGAUGAUGAUGAUGAUGAUGAUGGCGACGAUGACAGGGAGAUGAUGGUAAACAACGUUGUUGUGAAUGAAUGAUUGCAGUUUAAACAAUCGCCACUACAUAUGCAAGAAUGUACCUCAGAACAGUCCUUAAUUAUGAAUGAUCAUACUCCGGCAAACGUUAGCACCACCUUGUGUAACAAAAUAAACAGUACGACAGGAAAGUAAUGUCCAGUAGCUUUCAUUUGAAUGGUCACACUUUAGGAUUUCAUCCACAGAUUCAAAAGUUAGAACUACCUUGUACAGCAUAAUAAACAGUACCAAAGGAGAUUAUUGCUCAGUAGCUUUCAUUUAAAAGGUCACACUAAAGGAUUUCAUCCCAGACUCAAAAGUUAGAACCACCUUGUACAGCAUAAUAAACAGUACCACAGGAAAGUACUGCUCAGUAGCUUUCAUUUGAAUGGUCACACUUAAGGAUUUCAUCCCAGACUCAAAAGUUAGAACCACCUUGUACAGCAUAAUAAACAGUACCACAAGAAAGUACUGCUCAGUAGCUUUCAUUUGAAUGGUCAAACCAUAGGAUUUCAUCCACAGACUAAAACGCAAAUAUUGUACCGAAGGCUCAGUAAACAGUACCACGGGAAAGCGAAACCGUUACUGCUGAGGUUUCUCAAGAGUGGUUAUUCAGAAAACGUUUACAUAGGACUGAAAAGAAAGGAUGGUAUCACACAAGCGACGGUCUGCUACCGGGAGUUGUAAAUUUGAUAUCUGUAUUUAUGCUUUCGUUAAUACAGCUUGCAGUUCUGAGGGCAGAGAAACAGGACAAAGAAAAGUGGCUUGAGGAGGAGAGAGUACAGAUUGUUGAAGCGGCCAAGGAGUUUGCGAUGAACCAAGAGCAGACCUUUGUGAAAAGGAUUGACAACUUAGGACAAAAAUUAGCUCAAAAAGAAGACGACCUCCAGGAAAUGGAAUCAGUCAUCAAGCAGCUUCAGUAUGACCUGAAAACCGCACAACAGGAAAAGGUGUGUAAUAUAUCACGGUUUCUCAAGUCUUUUUUUGUUUUUUGAAUUAUUUUCUUGGUUUACAUACCGUAAAAUUUCGAAAAUAAGCCCCGGGGCUUAUAUUUUUCAAAUGCCCUUUUUGAGGGGCUUAUCUACGGAGGAAAAUUAGCGUAUCAAAAUCGAUUGGACUAGCCUUAUAGUUGGAAGUAAAUUUAACGUUUUUGCUUUGUUUUACUUUGUAUUUGAGGGCAAUUUUCCAAGUACAAGUCCCCGGGUGCUAAUAUUUGGAGGGGCGAUUUAACGGAGGGUUUUUUGCAUUACCGGUUUGACGGGCUUAUAUUUGGAGGGACCUAUACAUAGAGGGGCUUAUUUUCGGAAUUUUACGGUAUAUGAAUAUAAAACGUAAGCAACGAAAGUAAUUUUGAGACAUUUAGCACCCAGGGUCGGGUUUUUCGAAGCUGGGUUAAGAUAACCCAGGGUUAGCGAGAAUUUGAAUUCAGAUAUGAAAGCUUAAAAAGCAAAUUCAUUGAAAUUCUUUUAUCUACAAUUUGAUCAUCGGAUGUUCUAUAAAGAAUAGAGAAAAUUAUCUGAGAAAAUGCUUUUGAACAAUAGGAAUUCAAAUAGAAACCCGGGUUAACAUCUAUGCCUGGGUUGGCGCUAACCGGCUCUUCACGUGAAAUAAUUCUUUCAUGUUUUUUGCAAUUUUCUUGAGACUGAAAACGGGUAGCUAAACGUGUAGAGGCCACAAACCUCAAACACCAAAAACGCCGAAACUGAAACUGCCGUUUGCGGUUCGCGGUGAACUCGAAAACCUGGGUGGUAACUGUCUCUAACUAAUGACUAGAAAGGUAUGUAAGAAAACGAAAUAUUCACAUCUACAUUGUAUUGCCGUUCUGAAAUCGGAAACGCAAAUCAAAUUCCAGAAGUAUUUAAUACUUUUGAACCGCAUCUCGUCCACAAGUCCGAGCUUACCAUAUUAUUAAUGCGCGCGCGUGAACCAGCGUCAUUUUGGCGGGAAACGCGAUAGCCGUCGUCAUUCUGCUUAACCUCCUUCAAUACUUAAAAAAUCACCGUGCUAGAAUACUCGAGAAAAUACGAGAAUACGCGAAAAAAAAAUACUAUAAAGCUAAUCUUGUCCUCGCCGUGGUUGCUAAUGGUCUCUAUUUCUAUCUUGUAAACUCUUAUCAGAAUGUCAUGCUUGAAGAAGCCGAAGAGCGGGAGCGAGAGUUUGACGCUCAGAAGAAGCAGUGGAAUUCAGGGAGCUUCAGCUAUGAAAAGAUUCAGCAGUACAUCUCAGAUUUGGAAGAGGAACGUCAAAACGUGGGGCAGUUACAGGAAAAAUGCAACGGACUGGAACAGAAGUUAAACGAACUUGAAAGCGACAACUCGUCUUUACAAAAGAAACUUUGCGAGAUGCAAACCCGGCAUAAGAGUGACAGCGAUGAAAGAGAGGUUGGAGAAAUGUCUUUCUUGCUUUUAUUUAUUAGAGCGAUUUUCGUCUGACCUUGAAAUGAAAACGCGCGAACAAAACAAAAACAACAAACGAACGGAAAUAGAGCGAUUUGAUUGGUUUAUCGAACGGUUACAAACGCACCUGGCUUUUGGUUGGUUAAGCGAACGCUCGGCUGAAAAAACUUCAUGCCCGAAGAACUUUCUAGAAAUUGCUUUGACGUCAUACUGCAACACGAUUGGUCAAUCGAAUAAUGCCUUCUCUAUAUUAGGGUUUUCUUUGGCGGGAAAACGAAGAGUCCAUGUUUUGUUCUUUUCAUCCAUUGGCUGCUAAAACAAAUAACAAACACUUACGGAAACCAUUUUUCAAGGUCAUACGAAAAUCGCUCUAUUAAAAAGGCUUUGUAGCAACGGUGAAAAUUAUUGUUUCAUGAUCAAGAGAUAUGCAAGAUUUUCGCAAAGACGAUAAUAUCAGUUCUUCAUGAAGAACAUGAAUUCAAAGUGGAAAAGCCCAAGUACAAGAAGUUGGAGGUCAUGCAGCUGAGGAUCAAAAACAAAUCCGAACUUCCAGCUGGUGAAUAAACCAUCCCGGAUUAGUCCAUACUAAGUUUUGCAGUGGUGAUUGAUUAAUACAGUGUAUCAUUUAUUAUUGAAGAUUAAUAAGUGUGAGAGACAGUGGAAGGGUGGGGCUUAAAAGAGAGAGGGGGCUUAUUAACUUUCUUUCCCUGAAAAGGGAGGGCUUAUUAGAGAGGGGGCCUGAUAAAGGAUUUAUGGCGAUUUAUCAUAGAAAUAAGCAAUUACAGUAACACAUUGAAGACCCAUCUACUAGAACCGUCCAGUCCAAAUGCGUGUGGUUCCUGUCUUGAAAAAGAAGCAUAUAAUUAUUUCUGAAAAGCAAGAUCACAAACACCCUGCCUAGAUUCGCUGAUUUAUUGUUUUCUGAUUUUCCAUACAAAUAUCAGAACCUGUUCAAUAUUUGGGCGCAAUUGAACAUCAUAUAACAGGGCUUUGAAUGGCAAUUUUUUGAAAAUCCUACAGGUUCUAAAUAAUUAGGUUACUCGUAGGUGGGCUUUAUUACUGUUGUCGAGAAUUCGUUGCUUUUGACUCGAACAGGUUAAACUUUUAUUCUCCCUUUUAUUUUCCUUUAGGUCAUAGAAGAUGACUUACACAACAAAGUCGAUUCUCUGCGCUCAGAAUCUGAAAGUCUAAAGGACAUUUUACAGAGCAAAGAAUCUCUUAUCACCGACAUGACUGAAGAAAAAGUUAAGUUGUUAACAACAACAGAAGUUUUAGAAGACAAGCUGAGAAAUUCGAGCCAAGCUGUGACGGAGCUGCAACAGAAAUGCGACCUAAUGAGCGAGCAGUUGGAUGCUUUGAAAGUAGAGAAAGGCGCUUUAGAGAAGGAAAAAGAUGUAUCAGUACUACAGAACACACAAGAAAAAAUGCAUCUCGAAAAUUCAGCCAAGAAAGUGCAGGAACUCCAAGAAAAGCUUGAUAAAGAGGAGACGAACAAAAAAGAACUGUUGCAAGUUGCAGACGAGAUGGAAGGGCUUCUGAAAGAACAGAAGGCACAUGCGGAGCAAAAGAGUAGGGAGCUUGUUGAAGUAGAGAAAAUGCUUAAGCUGGGCGAAGCGAGGGAAGAGAAGCUGACAUUUGCGUACGAAGAUCUUCGAGGAAAACUCGAAAAGCUAGAGAAAGAGUUCAAACAGAAAUGCAAAGAGCUUACGCAGGCAAAAGAAGAGUUGAAACAAGCGCAGGAAAGGAGUGAAGGAUUGAAAGAAGAAUAUGAAGCAGAGUUAGAUCAAGUUAAGUUCGAGCUGAGAGAUUCUAACAGUGACUGCGCGUUGUUGAAAGGAGAAAAUGAACAGUUAAAGCGCGUUUCUACUGGAGGUAAUGAUCAGUCUGCUUGGAACAAAGAGAAGAAAAAGCUUCUACAUCAGUUAGAGGAGUCGAAAAUCAGGUUUAAUCAGGCAAAGAGCAGUCAAGAAAAACUAGAAAAGGAACUUAAUCAGGCGAAGCUCAAAGUGAUCUCGUUAGAGAGCAAAGGGAAUUCCGCGGAAGCAGAGGAAAUAAAGCGCCUUCAAACGCGAGUGAGCGAACUAAACCAAGAGCUUCAAAAGUGGAAAGGAAUUGCUAGUAACAAGGAGAAAGUGAAUAGCAGUAGAAAAGAACUUUCGGCAAAAGCCGACGAAAUAAAACGCCUACAAUCUCGGAUUAGUGAACUUAAUCAGGAACUUUUGAAGUGGAAAGCUGUUGCUAAUAAUAAGGAGAAAGCCGAUGUUAGUACCAAUAAAGACGCAGAGAUUAAACGCCUUCAACAGAAAUUAAGUGAACUGCAAGAGGAGUUGGAAAAGAGCAAAACUUUGGCUGAUGAAAAGAGAAAAGCGGCUGAUAAAACUCUGGCUACAAACUUGAAGCUUGUCAGUAAGAUUGAAAAACUUACUCGAGGGAAAGAAAGUCUGCAGAAUAACCCCAAUGACGGAUCGUCGCCUAAAGAAGGCGCAAGUGAUGAAAGAGCUACACCAAGUUCUGCAGGCCCACUAAGACCUCGCGUGAGCGUGAAACAGGCUGCACUUAAUCCUGGUGUGUUCUCGCCUCUCGCAAAAUCCAUGGCAAGUUUAGACAUCAAGUCCUUAAACACAGCUGCAACCGAUACGGCGGAAAACAGACCUGAGGCUUCAUCAUCUACAACCCAAGUGACGACGGCGGCUGCUGUUAGCGCGCAGCCAGUGGCUGUACGUACAAGUGAAAGGAGGCCGUCUCGCGGGGAGAGAGAAACCGUAGCCUCUGCUGUGCCGCAGAUUGAGAAAGAGAAGGGUUCAAGUCACGGAAUAAUGGGCGUGGCUACUAGAAGAGGUAUUCCCAAACAAUUUGAAUCCAUGGACAGCAAGAAAAGACCAGGAGAACUGGGUAUGUUUGGUAGUAUUAGUUUCAAACGGCAGAAAUCACCGAUUUCGUUUUGUCAAAAAGGGUUAAAAACACAGACCACAUUUGCUGCCGGUACCGCAUUCAAGAUAAGUGAUCGAUGAGUAACUUUUAACAUUGGUUUUGUUAGUGGUUCCACCUGACCAAACACGCCUUCUAGUUUAACUGCAUAGCGUUGUCCUUUACCCUAGGCAUUUACUUAAUAUUUGGAUGAGGCGUGAAGAUUUUAAUUGACCCAUACGUGAUUUUUUUUUUUUAUUGACUAUAAUACCCCCUUCGUUGUUUUAUUGUUAAAUGCAGCCUUCACUUUGCUCUUAGAAACAAAAGACAGGGGAUAGUUUUGGGUAAGAAUCGGGGCGCUUGUUUUUCGAAGUAUUCCAUCAAUUUCAAUCUUUGGACUUACAUGAUUUUCUUUUUCAACAGUCGCCGAAGGCAGUCAAGCCAAACGCUGUCGACUGUACAGCGGUAGUUCGGCUCCUUCAGAACAAAAGGUCCCCGAGGGGAUCUCUGAAGUGGUAAGUAAGGGAUUCGCCAGUAUGCCCGCCCGAACCACUGCAACUACAACUGGUGUGAAAACUCGCAGUACAACAAAGAGGCUGACGACACGAACAACAGCUUCUACACAAGAUCAUGUAAGUUAACCCUAUAAACCCUAUAAACCCUAAGAUCAAAAUGUGAAUUCUCAUUUGUUGCCCCUAUUCAUUUCCUAUAGAAGAAGUGGGGAGAAGUUGAUAAAAUAUCAAGCAAAUUCAUCUUGUUUGAUCAUGUCCGUAAUUCUCAUGAUUACUCUGUUUUACAAACAUUGAUAUAACAAGGAGAAAUUUAAUGCUGAUCACUCUUAGAGCUUAAAGGGUUAAUAGGGAUCAUAUCUUAUUAUAUGGCUACAAUAGCACACGCGCUCUGAUUGGCUGUUUUCUUGUAAAGACCGGGCUUUACUAGCCACGUGUAUCCACAACUCGAUAUUCGCACGCUAAGCAUGAACCAAUUCUUAAAUAUUUCAUAAGUGAAAAGCUAGUCUGACGUGUUACCUGUAUUUCCCAUGAACUGAAAAAAUUGUAAACCUGCGUAUUUUCUUUUCUACAGAAAGAAAACCCGAUGUCAUCUCGCUCACCCCCACGAGUGCAAUUUGCCCCUCCGGAAAUGCCCCUGUCGCCUCGGAAGACAAACAGAAUCAGUACGAAUGCUCCCCAGGGUCCCAGAUCAAAGAUCCCUAAGCCCGGAAGUAGUCAAGUACCACGGCCAAGCAAGACAAGGACAACUGGUGAGUAUUCCUUAUAAAGCCCCCAAGGGGGGUUUAUUUUUUUCAUGGUAGAGACAGGGGGAUUAUUUGAGAGGGGGACUUAUUUAAUUUAGCAAAGAUGGUAGUAUUAGUUGUCCAUAAAGAACUAAAAUACAAAGUGGAAAAACUCAAGAACAAGAAGUCGGAGGUCAUGCAGGCGAGGAACAAAAACAAAUCCGAACUUCCAGUUGGUGAAGAGACCAUCAUGGAUCAGUCCACACGAAGUUUUACAGUCAUGAUUGAUUAAUACAGUCCAACAUUUAUAAGUGAAGAAUAAUGAUGGGGAGGGGAGGAGUGGGGCUUAAAAGAGAGGGGGGUCAUAUUAACAUUCUUUCCCUAAAGAGGGGGGGGGGUGGAGUUUAUAGAGGAUUAACGGUAAAUGGCCAGCAAGCUAAUGGUAAACGGCGAAAGACAAUUAGGUGAUAUUUAGUGGAAGGAGGAGGUAUUCAACACUUUCAAAUUAAACUCAAAUUUCGGCAUUAUACGACCAACAAGUUUGACUUAUAGACGUACAGACACAAACAUAUAAACUGUUUAUUGAUAUUGUUAUGAAACAAAUUUAUCUAUUUAACACUGUAGCCUGAAAUUACAGAAAGAAAAUAGAAUUUCCGGUUUGCAAAAAGGAAGAUUUCGCCGGCCUUCAAGCGCACCGGAAGCGCGGAAAGAGCGCUCGUGCCAGUGCUACUCCGCAUCACACAUUAAAUGAAGAGCGGAGCGCUCGUUUCACCGCCCAACCGUUAUCCGCCCUGAUUCUCUCUAACGGCUACCGCUAAAAUUGGUUUUCGUUUCGCCUUGCCCGCCGGAAUGUUAUUACAAAGCGAAACGAAAAUUGAGCCUGAUCUCAGGUUACAGGUUUUCAGCAAAAAUCUCAAAAGGCAAAUCUCUAGAAGUCACGUGAAUAAGCCUUGAGGUAACCUUUGAAGUUCUCAUCGCGGGUUUUCAACGCCUGGAGGUUGGCUUUCACGUGAUUGAUUAACGUGAACAUCUUUUGUCCUGAAUUAAUGUUUGGGCCACGUACUAAUAAUAGGGAGCUUAAGCAAAGACGUUUUUGAGCAACGCACGUCAACCGGAAGUAAGGCCUUCUCCUUUUAAUAUGCCUUGAAGUUAACAAAAUUUGUAUUUCUAAGUUUCUUUUCUCUUACCAAGACGAUUUACCCGAGAGUUUGAACCAAACCACUGUCUAAUGAUGCAAAAAGUCCACUUCCGGUUGACGUCCGUCGCUCAAAAACGCUGUUGCUUAAGGUCCCUAAUAAGCAACGACGACGGCGACGGCGACGGCAACGAGAAUGGAAAAAAAGCAAUAGGGUUAGACAUGACAAGCAAAACAACAACUUUGCACGUGCAUCACGCUUUUUUGUACACUUCUUUGCCGUCGCUGCACGACUACGACGUGAAACUGCCUAAUUUCACGUUUUGCGGAGGACGUGAACACAAGACGACGACUUUCUUUUUCUUUUCCCCGAGUCUUUUACAAUUCAACUCCAGAAAAAAUUGUCAACAUUUGACGAAUUGAACGAAAUGGAAUAUUGAAGCGGGUUAACGUUUGAAACAGCGCGACUUCACUAUUUAAAUGACAUCCAGGGCUGUGCUCUUGCAGAGCCCAGUGGCCCGUGGCGCCUUACUUUUGCUCUCGAGGGACUAGGAAAUCUUUCUGUUUUCAUACAAAUCAUAUGCUUGGCACCCUAGAUUUUACAGGUUCAGAGCACUGAGCUCCUUUCAAUUUUUCUUAGAGUACAGCCGUGCACGUUUUCGUAGCCGCUCCCGUUAUCGUUGCUCAAGCUCACUAAUAACAAAGCUAUGUAGAUCGUUCCUGUUAGUAAAAGGCUAGACGUCAUUUGUCGUGAAAAUAAGACUUUUUAUUGUCAUUUGAAAAGACAAGAACACACUGCUGUUGUCUGUAAAUUCAAUAUGGUGGCCCCUUCACGUUAAAUAAUUGUUUCAUGUUUUUUCGAAAUUUGCUUGAGAUUGAAAACGUGUAGCUAAAACGGGUAGUGGACACAAAACUCAAACCCCAAACGCCGAAACUGAAACUUUGCGGUUAACGGGAAACCUGGGUGCUAAAUGUCUCUAAUGACCGGAAAGGUACGUUAAGAAAUUGAAAAUUAAAUAUUCACAUCUACAUUGUAUUGCCGUUCUCAAAUCGGAAACACUAAUCAAAUUCAAGAAGUAUUUAAUACUUUCGAUCCGCAUCUCGUCCACAAGUCCGAGCCGUGGUUGCUAAAGGUUUCUAUUUCUAUCUUGUAAACUCUUUACAGAAUGUCAUGCUUGAAGAAGCCGAAGAGCGGGAGCGAGAGUUUGACGCUCAGAAGAAACAGUGGAAUUCAGGGAGCUUCAGCUAUGAAAAGAUUCAGCAGUAUAUCUCAGAUUUGGAAGAGGAACGUCAAAACGUGGGGCAGUUACAGGAAAAAUGUAACGGACUGGAACAGAAGUUAAACGAACUUGAAAGCGACAACUCGUCUUUACAAAAGAAACUUUGCGAGAUGCAAACCCGGCAUAAGAGUGAUAGCGACGAAAGAGAGGUUGGAGAAAUGUCUUUCUUGCUUUUAUUUGUUAGACAGGGCUCGAAAUUGCGACCGAUACGGUCGCAUUUGCGACUUAAUUUUUCUUAUUUGCGACUAGAAAAAUGAGACUAGUCGCAAAUUUGCGACUAGGUUUUGCCUUAACUGAUACGAAAUAAAAGGACUUGAAUUUUUGCUUAAAUAAAUUUAGAAAUAAAAAGAUUCAUUGAAGUAGCGUCUUAUAAUUUUGUUACAAUCUGAAGGUUUACCGUAAUUUACCUGGAAUGCAUACACGCAACGAUCUUCAACAGCACGCCAUUUUCAGCGGGUUCUGUAAACAUGUACAUUGCAGGCUCAUAUUUCGUUUUGAUUUGCCGCUGACAGUCCCGCCAGCAUGCUGAGGACUUUUCCCGCGUUUAUGACCCGCGUUACGGCCCUCACAGUACACAUGUGUUCUUCUUUAGUGAGUCAAUUAUGUCGGAUGAAAGCGACUUAAAUUGUUUCAAAGGUCACAUUUUAAACGAAGAUUUACAUGUAAAAUAAAUCGGUUCAAAGUGGGUUGCGAAUCUACGUAUACAUGAAAACGAGGUUUAGCAAACAAAGAUGGCGGAAUGUCCGCAUGGCACGUAUCGUCGUAUUGAAUGAUUCAGUCCUUCAGGGUUCUUUGAAUAAUCACUGUAGUAACACCCCUGAUACUUCAGAUGUAAAGCUUAAUAUAUAAAAGAAUUCGUUACUUGUUUUGUCAUCGGUGGAAAACCUGCAAAAGGUAAAACUAAAGGAAUUUAGUUACGUAACGUAACCUAUAACCAUGUCGGAUGUCCGCCCAGUACAAAUGUUAUUGCUAUUUUGCAGAGAUUGGAGGCAUUUAAGAACUGCAGUUUCCUGCUGUAAUAUCUGUUCAUGAUUUGGAAAUCUAUCGCUUUGACUAAAAUAACAGACACUAAUUUAUGUGCCUUAACGCAGGUUCAACUUGAUCGUUUAGAUGAACUGGUGUUGUCCGAGACGCUAAACGUUCUGUACUAUUAAGUCUCGAAAUGACAUGAAAGCUGUUGAAAGAAUGAAAAUUAAAGCGUUAAUCAUUUAAAAGCCUACUUAUUUCUUGAUUAAAUGGCCUCAAUUAAUUUCAAGACUAACAUUUUCAAAGUUGCGACCAAAUUUUCGUAACUAGUCGCAAAUUUGCGACCAGACAUUUUUUUUAAUUUCGAGCCCUGUUAGAGCGAUUUUCGUAUGACCUUAAAUGAAAACGCGCGAACAAAACAAAAACAACAAACGAGCGGAAAUACAGCGAUUUGAUUGGUUUAUCGAACGGGUACAAACGCGCCUGGGUUAAGCGAACGCUCGGCUGAAAAAACUUCAUGCCCGAAGAACUUUCUAGAAAUUGCUUUGACGUCAUACUGCAACAAGAUUGGUCAAUCGAACAAUGCCCUCUCCAUAUUAGGGUUUUCUUUGGCGGGAAAACGAGGAGUCCAUGUUUUGUUCUUUUCAUCCAUUGGCUGAUAAAACAAAUAACAAACACUUACUGAAACCAUUUUUCAAGGUCAUAUGAAAAUCGCUCUAUUAAAAAGGCUUCCUAGCAACGGUGAAAAUUAUUGUUUCAUGAUCAAGAGAUAGGCAAGAUUUUUAGCAAAGACGAUUAUAUCAGUUCUUCGUCAAGAACAUGACUGCAAAGUGGAAAAGCUUAGGUACAAGAAGGUUGGAGGUCAUGCAGUUGAGGUUCAGAAUUAAAUCCGAACUUCCAGCUGGUGAAUAAACCAUCCCGGAUCAGUCCAGGCUGUUUAACAGUCGUGAUUGAUUAACAUAGUGUAUCAUUUAUUAUUGAAGAUUAAUAAGUGGGAGGGGAGGUUUCGGGCCUUAAAAGAACUUUCUUCCCCGUGAAUAUGGAGGACUUAUUAGAGGGGAGCUUGAUAAAGGAUUUAUGGUAAUUUAUCAUGGAAAUAAACAAUUACGGUAAAACAUUGAAGACCCACCUACUGGAACCGUCCAGUUUCGUCCAAAUGCGUGUGGUUCCUGUCUUGAGAGAGAGGCAUAUAAUUAUUUCUGAAAAGCAAGAUCACAAACACCCUGCCUAGAUUUACUGAUUUAUUGUCUUCUGAUUUUCCAUACAAAUAUCAGAACCUGUUUCAAUUUUUGGGCGCAAUUGGUUCACAUAUAAUAGGGCUUCGAAAGACAAUUUUUUGCAAAUCCUACAGGUUCUAAAUAACUAGGUUACUUGGAGGUGGGUUUUAUUACUGUUGCCGGGGAUUCGUUGCUUUUGACUCGAACAGUUUAAACUUUUAUUUUCCCUUUUAUUUUUCUUUAGGUCAUAGAAGAUGACUUACACAACAAAGUCGAUUCUCUGCGCUCAGAAUCUGAAAGACUAAAGGACGUUUUACAGAGUAGAGAAUCUCAAAUCACUGACAUGAGUGAAGAAAAAGCUAAGUUGCUAGCAACCACAGAAGUUUUAGAAGAAAAGCUGAGAAAUUCGAGCCAAGCUGCGACGGAGCUGCAACAGAAAUGCGACCUAAUGAGCGAGCAGUUGGAUGCUUUGAAAGUAGAGAAAGGCGCUUUAGAGAAGGAAAAAGAUGUAUCGGUACUACAGAACACACAAGAGAAAAUGCAUCUGGAAAAUUCAGCUAAGAAAGUGCAGGAACUCCAAGAAAAGCUUGAUAAAGAGAAGAAUAACAAAAAAGAACUGUUGCAAGUUGCAGACGAGAUGGAAGGGCUUCUGAAAGAACAGAAGGCACAUGCGGAGCAAAAGAGUAGGGAGCUUGUUGAAGUAGAGAAAAUGCUUAAACUGGGGGAAGCGAGGGAAGAGAAGCUGACGUUUGCGUACGAAGAUCUUCGAGGAAAAUUCGAAACGCUGGAGAAAGAGUUCAAACAGAAAUGCAAAGAGCUUACGCAGGCAAAGGAAGAGCUGAAACAAGCGCAGGAAAGGAGUGAAGGAUUAAAAGAAGAAUAUGAAGCAGAGUUAGAUCAAGUUAAGUUUGAGCUGAGAGAUUCUAACAGUGACUGCGCGUUGUUGAAAGGAGAAAAUGAACAGUUAAAGCGCGGUUCCACUGGAGGGAAUGAUCAGUCUGCUUGGAGCAAAGAGAAGAAAAAGCUUCUACAUCAGUUAGAGGAGUCGAAAAUCAGGUUUAAUCAGGCAAAGAGCAGUCAAGAAAGACUAGAAAAAGAACUUAAUCAGGCGAAGCUCAAAGUGAUCUCGUUAGAGAGCAAAGGGAAUUCCGCUGAAGCAGAGGAAAUAAAGCGCCUUCAAACGCGAGUGAGCGAGCUGAAUCAAGAGCUUCAAAAGUGGAAAGGAAUUGCUAAUAACAAGGAGAAAGCGAAUAGCAGUAGAAAAGAACUUUCGGCAAAAGCCGACGAAAUAAAACGCCUGCAAUCUCGGAUUAGUGAACUUAACCAGGAACUUUUGAAGUGGAAAGCUAUUGCUAAUAACAAGGAGAAAACCGAUGUUAGUACUAAUAAAGACGUAGAGAUUAAACGCCUUCAACAGAAAUUAAGUGAACUGCAAGAGGAGUUGGAAAAGAGCAAAGCUUUGGCUGAUGAAAAGAGAAAAGCGGCUGAUAAAACUCUGGCUACAAACUUGAAGCUUGUCAGUAAGAUUGAAAAACUUACUCGAGGGAAAGAAAGUCCGCAGAAUAACCCCAGUCACGGAUCGUCGCCUAAAGAAGGCGCAAGUGAUGAAAGAGCUACACCAAGUUCCGCAGGCCCACUAAGACCUCGCGUGAGCGUAAAAGAGGCUGCACUUAAUCCUGGUGUUUUCUCGCCUCUCGCAAAAUCCAUGGCAAGUUUAGACAUCAAGUCGUUAAACACAGCUGCAACUGAUACGGCGGAAAAAAGACCUGAGGCUUCAUCAUCUACAACCCAAGUGACGACGGCGGCUGCUGUUAGCGCGCAGCCAGUGGCUGUACGUACAAAUGAAAGGAGACCGUCGCGGGAGGAGAGAGAAACCGUAACCUCUUCUGUGCCGCAGAUUGAGAAAGAGAAGGGUUCAAGUCACGGAAUAAUGGGCGUGGCUACUAGAAGAGGUAUUCCCAAACCAUCUGAAUCCAUGGACAGCAAGAAAAGACCAGGAGAACUAGGUAUGUUUGGUAGUGUUAGUUUCAAACGGCAGAACUCACCGAUUUGGUUUGUCAAAAAGGGUUAAAAACACAAACCACAUUUGGUGCCGGCAUCGCAUUCAAGAUAAGUGAUCGAUGAGUAACUUUUAACAUUGGUUUUGUUAGUGGUUCCACCUGACCAGACACGCCUUCUAGUUUAACUGCAUAGCGUUCGUCCUUUGCCCUAGGCGUUUACUUAAUAUUUGGAUGAGGCGUGAAGAACUUAAUUGACCCAUAUGUGAUAUUUUUUUAUUGACUAUAAUACCCCCUUCGUUGUUUUAUUGUUAAAUGUCGCCUUCGCUUUGCUCUUAGAAACAAAAGACAAGGGAUAGUUUUGGGUAAGAAUCGGGGCGCUUGUUUUUCGAAGAAUUCCAUCAAUUUCAAUCUUUGGACUUACAUGAUUUUCUUUUUCAACAGUCGCCGAAGGCAGUCAAGCCAAACGCUGUCGACUGUACAGCGGUACUUCGGCUCCUUCAGAGCAACAAGUCCCCGGGGGGAUCCCUGAAGUGGUAAGUAAGGGAUUCACCAGUAUGCCCGCCCGAACCACUGCAACUACCACUGGUGUGAAAACUCGCAGUACAACAAAGAGGCUGACGACACGAACAACAACUUCUACACAAGAUCAUGUAAGUUAACCCUAUAAACCCUAAGAUCAAAAUUUGAAUUCUCAUUUGUUGCCCCUAUUCAUUUCCUACAGAAGUAGUGGGGAGAAGUUGAUAAAAUAUCAAGCAAAUUCAUCUUGUUUGAUCAUGUCCGUAAUUCUCAUGACCACUCUGUUUUACAAAGCAUUGAUAUUACAAGGAGAAGUUUAAUGCUGAUCACUCUUAGGGUUUAAAGUGUUAAUAGGGAUCAUAUCUUAUUAUAUGGCUACAAUAGCACACGCGUUUUGAUUGGCUGUUUUCUUGUAAUGACCGGGCAUUACUAACCACAUGUAUCCACAACUCGAUAUUCGCACACUAAGCAUGAACCAAUUCUUAAUAUUUAAUAACUGAAAAACGAGUCUGUCGUGUUACCUGUAUUUCCCAUGAACUGAAAAAAUUGUAAAUCUACGUAUUUCCUUGUCUACAGAAAGAAAACCCGAUGUCAUCUCGCUCACCCCCACGGGUGCAAUUUGCCCCUCCGGAAAUGCCCCUGUCUCCUCGCAAGACAAACAGAAUCAGUACGAAUGCUCCCCAGGGUCCCAGAUCAAAGAUCCCUAAACCCGGAAGUAGUCAAGUACCACGGCCAAGCAAGACAAGGACAACUGGUGAGUAUUCCUUAUAA